UCCACUUCUAAUUUAUAACAAACUUCCAACCCUCUUUGUUCCAACCUAAAAACUCAACAUGCCCCUCGACUAUCGAAGAUUUAAUGGACCUGAUGAUAGUAUUCCAUAUAAUCGUUUCACGAACGAAUAUUUGAAGAGCUAUAAUGAAUUACAUAGUGAAUUAAUUAAUGAAAACGGAGUCCGAAAGGAUGGGCGCUGUUUGGAUGAGGCGCGAAGCUUGUGUAGGUUUUUUGCCCGCACUGAUAUGAUAUCUCAAGCGAAAGGAUCGGCGUAUAUUGAAUUAAAGAAAACUAAAGUUGUGUGCUCAGUUUUUGAUCCCAGAGAAAUUAUGCACCAAAAUGAGUAUAGUGCACUUGGCCAAUUGUUUUGCGAAGUUAAAUUCGCGCCUUUUUCUUGUCCAAGAGAAAGGCGUCCUCAUGCCCCUGAUGCAGAAGAAAAGGCAUUAUCAGUAGCUUUAAGAAAGGCUCUUGAACCAACAGUAUGCCGACAUUUAUUUCCUAAUUAUCAGUUAGACAUCUAUGUGUAUAUUCUAGAACACGAUGGAGCAUGUUUAGCUGCUGCAAUAAACGCCGCUGGAUUAGCUCUUGCUGACGCAGCUGUACCAAUGUACGACAUAAUCACUGCCUGUUCUGUUGCGGUUAUCGGUGAUCAAAUGUUCGUCGACCCUUCAGAAGCUGAAGAGAAUCUAGCAUUAAUGAAUCCAGAAAAAGAUGGAAUAAAUAACGGUCUCAUUACAAUGGCAGUAAUGCCAGAAUUAAGGCAAAUUUCUGAUUUUAGACAAAUUGGUUCAAUGGAUGUCAAUUGUAUUAUAAAAGCAAUGGAAGUACUACAGAAAGAAUGUGAGAAAAUUCUUCCAAACAUUCAACAAAUUUUAGUUUUGAAUGUUGUAAAUAGUUUUGAACAACAAAAGCAAUUAGAAAAAGAGGCAAAAGAGAGGGAGGCUGCUUUAAAUGCCAAGAUGGAGGAGUGGAAAGCAGUAUUAAACGCCGGAUGAAAUAUACUUACGUUUUUCAUUUCAUAGUCCUUUAUUGAGUUAAUUCUAGUAAUGGAGAUGUUUCAUGAUAAUAUUAAUACUAUAUUCAACGUAACGGUAUUAAAAUAUGGAUCAAAAGUAAUUGAUCAUUGAAAGAUUUUUGAAUUUCAUCAAUAAAUGACUUCUAAAUAGAUGAUUGAAAUUUAUAUAUUUUAGUACAGGAUGUCUGUGGCUUCUGACUAACUUGUGAGCUAAUUUGACCUAUUUAAUAUCACUGCACCACGAAUCAUUAAAGUAGUAGUUUUAAAAUUCGAUAGGGCUCUUGCUUCUUUCGAGUUUAUUUAUGUACAGUUGUUUGUUUCUUUUUUAUUUAUGAGUGUGUAGAUUUCAUUUCACUAAUGAAAGAAUAAUUUCAUUAUAAUGGACAAAGAACGAAGUGAUAAUUUGCCUAAUAUUGAUAUACACACAGUGAUGGACUUUUUUCUUCAAAUCUUUCUUAUGUUAGUGCUGAAAUAAAAAGAGUUAAACUUUUUAAGUAAGUAAGAGUAGGAGAACUGCUUAGAGAUAAAAACAAUUAAAUUUUGGAUUCGCCUCGAAAAGCUCGAAUAAAAAGGGACCUUUACGUCUCCUGCAAAAAGUUAAUCAGCAAAGUCAGAUUGUUUAAGGAAAAAAAAAUACUUUAUUCCUAUAUUUAAACAUGUUGUUUUAAUCCUAGAAUUGUAAUUUGUAAGUAAAUUGUAAGUUUUAACCUAA